GAUUGAAGCAUCUGAGGUGGGAAGAAGUGUUGAAAUGAGUUCGAUUGUAGAGUUUCGAGUUGAGAUUGACUGCUCUGGAUGCGAGAGCAAAGUCAGGAAAGCUCUGCUCAAGCUAGAUGGAGUUGAUGAAGUUGAAAUAGACAUGAGGUUGCAGAAAGUAUCAGUGACAGGGUGGGCAGACCAAAACAAAAUACAGAAAGCUAUCAUGAAAACAGGGCUAAGAGUGGAGCCAUGGACUAUGCCUUACAUUCCCCAAUUACAUGAUUUCAAUCACUUCUAUAAACAACACAAGACUUUCAAACUCACUGCUAACACUUCCUCGCAUCGGAAAAAGGGCAAAAUCAUCCACGAACGCACUUUUGAUCCUCAACCUUUGAUUUAUGAAGACACUGAUGCUUUCGCUAUAUUCAACGAUGAUAACCCUUCCGGGUGUUCCAUUAUGUAA